AUGCUACCAGAUCACCUGCAAGACGAGUGGACCGGGUGGUGCAGCGAACUUGUCGAGCUAGAAAGGGUCAAGAUCCCAAGGCUUUGCGACGACGGAUUGCACGGCAAGGUGACAAACCGUUCAUUGCAUAUCUUCGCCGACGCCAGCACCGCUGCCUACGGAGCCAUGCUCUACCUUCGCACUACCUACGACACAGGAGCGACGACGACGACGUUAUUGCUUGCAAAAGGACGAGUUGCACCCCUCAAAACUGUCAUGCUGGCGAGAUUGGAACUGAUGGCCAUCUUGAUCGUCUCAAGGUUGUCCAAAUACGUCCACACCUGCCUUGAGCUUGAGGUGAAGGACGUUCACUUCUGGACGGAUUCAAUGAUCACGCUUUACUGGAUCAGGGGAGAGGCCUCCCGAUGGACGCUGUUCGUCAGGAAUCGAGUGCAAGAGAUCGAGAGCAAUUGUGAAAGCGCGACGUGGCACCACUGCCCGGGAAAAGAAAAUCCCGCUGACCUCAUGACACGAGGUCUGACCGCAUCAGAGUUGGUCUCCAGUUCACUGUGGUGGUCGGGGCCGAGUUGGUUGCCACUGCCAGCGACAGAAUGGCCCAAGGAAAUGUGCGGAGACCUCCCUCGAGACCCCCUCGAGGAGAGAGGAUCGAGAGCAGAAGUGUUUGAAGUCACAGUAACGCCCACUCCAGAGUUGAUCGAUAUCUCGCGAUUCAGCUCUGCUUCAAAUAUCAGCAGAACAACGGCUUGA